AUGAAUGUCCCAAAGCUUGACGAUAUUUCAUCGUCCAAUGUCACCAUCUACGAGUCGGAUAUAAUUCCUAACGCAACAACGUGUCAAGAUGACGGUGAAAAUCACGAUAUGCGCCGUAAAUUCACUCUCUGGUCAAUACUGGGGGAAGGUUUCUCUCUCACAAACUCAUGGUUUGGGAUUUCGAGUGCUUUAAUCACAGGUAUAGAUUCUGGUGGCCCUGCCCUGUUUGUGUAUGGAAUACCCCUUGUUGCAUUCGUGAGCGUUUUUGUAGGAUGCUCGUUAUCAGAAUUGGCAAGUGCAAUGCCAAAUGCUGCAGGACAACAUUUUUGGGUUAUGGAACUGGCUCCCAAGAAAUAUGCCAGGCCUUUGUCAUUUGUGACUGGAUACUGUGCAUGGGCUGGGUCCCUAUUUGCAUCAGCUAGUGUAUCAUUAGCAGUUGCAUCAGCAGCAGUUGGAUGUUGGCAAUUGAAUCACUCGGAUUUUAUUAUUCAUGAAUUGCACAUCUUUAUUGCAUAUCAAGUAGUCAAUCUAUUUACUUUCCUAUUCAAUUGUUACGGUAGAAUUUUGCCGACACUUGGGACCAUUACUCUUUAUAUGUCUUUAAUAUCCUUUGGGAUUAUUCUUUUUUUUGUGCCAUCACAAGCCCCAACGCAUCAAGACAUUAAAUUUGUCUUUGCAACCUUCAUUAACAAUACAGGUUGGUCAAACAAUGGUAUUGCUUUUAUUGUCGGCCUCGUAAACGCAAAUUGGGCAUUUUCUUGUCUUGAUAGCGCUGUGCACCUAGCAGAAGAAGCUCAUCAACCAGAAGUAGUAAUCCCAAUUUCAAUCAUGGCUACCAUAGCAAUUGGAUUCACGACUGCAUGGUUUUUCGUUAUUGCGAUGUUCUUCAGUCUCAACAACUUUGAUGCGGUUGUUGGAACACUUACAAAAGUGCCGAUUCUGGAAUUGUUCUAUCAGUCAGUCGGAAAUCGAUCUGCUGCAAUAUUCCUCGAGUCUCUUAUCAUGGCAACUGGAAUUGGUUGUCUGAUUGCAUGCCAUACUUUGCAAUCCCGGCUUUGCUGGACUUUUGCUCGAGAUGGAGGUGUUCCGUUUCACCGAUCUCUAGCCAAGAUUAAUUCCACUUUAGAUGUCCCGUUUCGAGCACAUGCCAUGAGCGCAACAGUCGUCACUAUACUUGGAUGUUUGUAUCUACUAUCAACAACUGCUUUCAAUAGCAUGAUCAUUGGCUGUAUUGUCCUCCCAUAUACAUCUUACAGCAUCCCUCUUCUAUGCUUGCUUCAUAAAGGUCGCGACAAAAUCUCACAUGGACCCUUUUGGCUUGGUAAGUUUGGCUAUAUUGCCAACCUAGUGACAAUCGUUUGGACAUUAUUUGCACUCAUCAUGUUCUCAUUUCCAAUAAAUCUUCCGGUGACAGCAUCUAAUAUGAAUUACAUCAGUGUCAUAUACUGUGUUUUAGCUUGUAUCAUUGGCAUUGAUUGGAUUUGUCGAGGUCGAUUACAGUAUCGAUACAAAUCCUACGAAGAGUCGCAAACGGAUUAUGAGAGUGAGGAGUCACUGUUACACAAUCAUUCCUCAUAG